AUGAAAGCCUCCUAUGGACGCUUAAACAAUCACCCGGGAACCGUCUCGAGGGCUACGGGAUUCGACAAUAGGGUCGCAUUGUUGUACGCUUCGGGGCGGACGGACAAACAGACGUUUCCCGGCCAAGGAGCGGCUCUCAUCGUUGGUAUCGCAGCACUAAAAAUCCAAACUUGCCACGCUCUCGGCACAUCACUAGUGUCGGUGGUGUCCCAAGGUCAGAAACUGAUGGUCGGCGCGCAAUCGAGUCGGCGUUGUGUCGGCCGAAUGAAAAAGAAGGCGUUUACUUGCCGCCAGUUCAAGGAACCCGGGCUGGCAUCUCGCGGCUUUCGCGCCAAGCUAUCGACAGUGGAACGCAAUGGUAGUGCG